AUGAUCAAAGACACAACUUCUCUUCCUGGUUACACAAUCUUUCAUCAUGAAGAAGGCGACCAAGCUCCUGACUUGUCUAAGCAAGCGGUGAUGCAUCCUCUCGAUCCGCUGUCAAUCGAUGAACUACGAGUUGCUGCCAAGCUCAUACGUGAGCAUAGAUACGCCGGUUCGGUCAAGUUCAACUGUCUGACUCUGCGUGAACCUACCAAGAGCGAGUAUGCAGAGUUCCGCGCAGGGCGAGGGCCGCGACCCGAACGGCGUGCCUUUGCUAUCAUACUGGCAGAGCGUGGUUCAAGCAAGGUUGCCGAGGUCAUUGUCAAUCUGGCCAAAGGAGAGGUUGAGACCUGGAAAGCAGUAUCGGAGGUCGCGCCGACCUUGACUCUUGAAGACCUCGACGUUACGGAACGAGUUGCUCGGAAGAACCCAAAAGUCAUUGAGGUUUGCCGUGAGAUUGGCAUUACCGAUAUGUCCAAAGUGUUCUUCGACGCCUGGGCUAUUGGGUUCGACCACCGCUGGGGGUUUGAACGGCGUCUGCAGCAAGGUUUGCCCUACUACCGAACGUCAUCAAUGGACAACCAGUACGCACACCCCUUGGACUUUUCCGUGGUUGUGGACACCGAGACGGAAGAGCUCCUCGCUAUUGACGUGCGACAUGUCAACGGAGAACGAACCAAGGUCCCGCUGGACAAACACAACUACCUACCGGACUUCAUUCAAGAGUCAUACGAUGGCACUAGGCUCAAGCCUAUGGAUAUCACCCAGCCGCAAGGCGUUUCGUUUCGCAUGCAGGGCAACGAGCUUUCCUGGGCAGGCUACAAGAUGCAUAUCGGUUUCAAUUACCGGGAAGGCAUCGUGAUCUCAGACGUGCGCAUCCACGACCAACAACAACAACGAGAUCGGACGCUUUUCAACCGCAUUAGCGUUGUCGAAAUGGUUGUCCCGUACGGCAACCCUGAUCCACCACACCAGCGGAAGCACGCCUUUGACGUUGGUGAAUACGGCAGCGGCCUUAUGACGAACUCGCUCAAACUUGGCUGCGAUUGCAAGGGCGAGAUCCAUUAUCUCGACGCGGUGAUGACGACAUCUAAAGGCGAACCAGCAAUGAUCAAAAACGCGAUUUGCAUCCACGAGGAGGAUAAUGGGCUUCUCUACAAGCAUACGGACUUUCGUGAUGGCAGUGUUAUUUCAGCCCGUGAUCGGAAGCUCAUCAUUUCCCAGAUCAUCACGGCGGCCAAUUACGAGUAUGCUUUCUACCACACCUUUACCCUCGACGGCACAUAUAAACUCGAGAUCAAGCUCACGGCAUAUCUUCUCGUUGAGAAUCGAUCCCGAGAUUGA